CUCCUGUCGGCUACGCGGCUUGCUGCCCCUAGUUCUGCGGCUUUACCUCUGGUCAGCGAGGGCCCAGGGAAGCCGGCGGAGAGGACGGGCUGGUUCAUGUCACUGUGAGGUGCUACAAGCUAUGCCCCCUGUCCUCACCUCCUGGGCUGAUUCUCAGGCUGUCACAUGACACCUGAGAGUAGUGGUUCUCAACUCUGAUAGAAGUGGAAUUACUGGUCAAAGGGCAUUCAGAUUUGGGAGAAGUGGCCCCAGAGAUAAAAGCGUCAGAGAGACAAACAGCCGUGGCCAUUGCAGAUUUGGAAUGGAGAGAAAUGGAAGGAGAUGAUUUUGAGUUCCAUUCUGGAGAUGGUACAAAUGAGGCUCAGGACAAUGACUUUCCAACAGUGGAGAGAAGCAGGCUUCAGGAAAUGCUGUCACUCUUGGGACUGGAGACAUACCAGGUCCAGAAACUCAGCCUCCAGGACUCUCUGCAGAUCAGCUUUGACAGCAUGAAGAAUUGGGCCCCUCAGGUUCCCAAAGACUUGCCCUGGAAUUUCCUCAGGAAGCUGCAGGCCCUUAAUGCAGAAGCCAGGAACACCACUAUGGUGCUGGAUGUGCCCCCGGACGCAAGGCCCAUGGAGAAGGAGCACCAGAUGGAAGAGGAGGUCAUCUAUUGGGACCCGGCUGACGACAUUGCUGCCGACAUUUACUCUUUUUCUGAGCUGCCAACCCCCGACACACCAGUGAACCCCUUGGACCUUCUCUGCGCCCUCCUGCUGUCCUCAGACAGCUUCCUGCAACAGGAAGUAGUGUUGAGAAUGUCCCUCUGCCAGUUCGCACUUCCUCUUGUGCUGCCUGACUCAGAAAACCACUAUCACACAUUUCUGCUGUGGGCGCUACGGGGCAUCCUGCGGACAUGGUGGGCCCAGCCCCCGCGGGGGGUGGGCAGCUUCCGAGAAGACAGUGUGGUUCUGUGCAGGACACCCACCUUCGCCUUCGUGCGCAUGGAUGUCAGCAGCAACUCUAAGUCCCAGCUGCUCAACGCUGUCCUCAGCCCGGGCCACCGGCAGUGGGACUGCUUCUGGCAUCGGGACCUCAACCUGGGCACCAACCCCCGGGAGAUCGCAGAUGGGUUGGUAGAAAUCUCCUGGUUUUUUCCCAGCGGCAGGGAGGACUUGGAUAUCUUCCCUGAGCCUGUGGCCUUUCUGAACCUGAGAGGUGACAUUGGGUCUCACUGGCUGCAGUUUAAGCUCUUGACGGAAGUGUCCUCAGCAGUGUUUAUACUGACAGACAACAUCAGCAGGAAGGAGUACAAGCUGCUGUAUUCUAUGAAGGAACCAACCACGAGGUUCUACUUCAUCCUCAGUCCCUACCGUGGUAAGCGAAACACAAACCUGAGAUUCCUGAACAAACUCAUUCCUGUGCUGAAAAUAGACCACUCGCACGUCCUCGUGAAGGUCAGCAGCACCGACAGUGAGAGCUUUGUGAAGAGGAUCCGCACAAUCGUCGGCAACGUGAUGCGGGCCCCCUGCAGGCGGGUGUCUGUGGAGGACAUGGCGCACGCAGCCCGCAAGCUGGGCCUCAGAGUUGACGAGGACUGUGAGGAAUGUCAGAAGGCAAAAGACCGGAUGGAGAGGAUCACCAGGAAAAUCAAAGACUCGGAUGCCUACCGAAGGGAUGAGCUGCGACUGCAAGGGGACCCCUGGAGGAAGGCAGCCCAAGUGGAGAAGGAGUUCUGCCAGCUCCAGUGGGCCUCGGACCCUCCCGAGAAGCACAGGGCUGAGCUGAGGCGGCGGCUGCUGGAACUUCGAAUGCAGCAGAAUGGCCACGACCCCACUUCAGGGGUGCAGGAGUUCAUCACAGGGAUCAGCAGCCCCUCUCUGGGUGAGAAGCAGUACUUCCUGCGGUGGAUGGAGUGGGGGCUGGCGCGGGUAGCCCAGCCUCGGCUGAGACAACCCCCGGAGACACUUCUCACCCUGCGACCAAAACACGGGGGUACUCUGGACUUGAGUGAGCCGCUUUGGCCCGAGCCCCUGGGGGUGGAGCACUUCCUGCGGGAAAUGGGACAGUUUUAUGAGGCUGAGAGCUGCCUUGUGGAGGCAGGGAGGCUGCCGGCAGGCCAGAGGCGCUUUGCCCACUUCCCAGGCCUGGCCUUGGAGCUGCUGCUGAAGGGGCUGCCGCUGGAGCUGAUUGAUGGGAGCACCCUGAGCAUCCCUGUCCGCUGGGUCACGGGGCUCCUGAAGGAGCUGCAUGUCCAACUGGAGAGGAGGUCGCGCCUUGUGGUCCUGUCGGCCCUGGGGGUGCCAGGCACAGGGAAGUCCACGCUUCUCAACACCAUGUUCGGGCUGCGGUUUGCCACAGGGAAGAGCUGUGGUCCUCGAGGAGCCUUCAUGCAGCUCAUCACAGUGGCUGAGGGCUUCAGCCAGGACCUGGGCUGUGACCACAUCCUGGUGAUAGACUCAGGGGGGUUGAUAAGUGGGGCCUUGACCUCGGCUGGGGACAGGUUUGAGCUGGAGGCUUCCUUGGCCACUCUGCUUAUGGGGCUGAGCAACGUCACCAUGGUCAGUUUAGCUGAAACUAGGGACAUUCCACCAGCUAUUCUGCAUGCAUUUCUGAGACUGGAAAAAACAGGGCACAUGCCCAACUAUCAGUUUGUGUACCAGAACCUCCAUGAUGUGUCUGCCCCCGGCCCCAAGCCAAGAGACAGGAGACAGCUCCUGGAUUCACCCAGCAACCUGAGCAGAGCUGCAGCCCAAAUGGAGAAGCAGGGUGAUGGCUUCCGGACACUGGCGGGCCUGGCCUUCUGCGACCCUGAGAAGCAGCACGUCUGGCACAUCCCUGGCCUGUGGCAUGGAGCGCCUCCCAUGGCUGCUGUCAGCUUGGGGUACAGUGAAGCCAUUUUUGAAUUGAAGAGAUGCUUGCUAGAAAACAUCAGGAAUGGCUUGUCUAACCAGAACAAAAACAUCCAGCAGCUCAUCGAGCUGGUGAGACGGCUGUGAGAGUUGAGAGCAACGGAGUUCAGGUGCGGGAGGCUGCUUUGGCAGCCUGUUCUGAUGGGGUGUCCACACGGGGCUGCACCCUGGCACCUGAGAGUGGCAGGUGCAUGAUCCACGUGAGAAGGAAGACAAGCAAAAGACAGGGUUGGAGUCUCCUCAACAGAGUUGAGAAAGGCGGUAACCUCCCAGACCAGCUCAGAGAUGUUCUGGGGAACACAAAAGGCCCCGGGUGGGGGAGACACACAAGCAGUAAUUUGUUCAUGGUCUCUGAGCACCUGUCCAGGCGCCUGUGGGGCUAGCCCUUUGAGCAGCUGCUCUCUUUCAUUGGCCCCUGGAGAGGGGAACAGCUCCCUCAGCUGCUGUAGGCUGGGCAGGACAGAGGAAGCAGAAGUAGGCCUUGUCUCCACCCAACCCAAGGGCCUCCCUGUGGACCAGCAUUCAGAUGUUUUGGUGAUGUGGUCCUGCUCUGUGUAGUCACUACCAUGGCUCCAUAUUUAUUGACUGAUCUGUGUCGCCUUCCCUGCGCCCCCCAGGAAGAGGUCACCAGGCACUCUCUCUGCCCACAGCACUUUGUUAUACCUCUGCUACACACUUCACACAGCGUUGUAACUUGUGUGUUUACAUGUCCGCCCCCACUUCCCAGACUGUGAGCUCCUUGAGGGCAGGGACUGUACAUUAUCCAGUUCUUUGUCCCCAGGGCCUGGCACACUGUAGGCUUAAUAAAUGUUUGUUGAAUAAAUGAAAUGAGUGAAUGCUCACGA